AUAUCAUCGUAAUCAUAAACACACUGGUUUGUAAUGCAAAUACGUUUACUGCACUUUGUUAUUAUUUUAGUUGAUAGCGGCUAAUGAAACGGAAGUCUCGCACAUUCAAACAAAAUACUUCCGCUUAAGGUGAACACUUGCCUGUCCUGUGUGCCAGAUUGUUAGAAGGCCAACUUAAGUGUUAGAAAGCCAACAUAAGAUUUAGCGAACGCAGAGGUUUUAAAAUGAAUCCAGUUUUAAAGUUGAUAUUCAACCUUGAGCAAUCCAUAAAGUUUUUAUGUGCCACCUGCUUCAAAACAAGAACUUUCCAACGGUCUGCCACCCUCACAUCAGCUAGACACUGAUCUCUGCCAAGCUGUCAAUCAAACACGGCGCAGACGACUGAUACGCAGGUUUGACACGCGGGUGAUUGACAGCCGCGCUGAGGGGCGUUCAGUCAGCGUGAGGGUCUGAGAAACUGACAAACAGUGCAGCGUUUUAAAUGUCAUUCUUCAUAUCUGUCCACUUCAGAGUGUGUGUUCAACCCGUAUCACACCGCUGCAGCCUCCACACACACAUAUGGCGACCGGAGACCAGAGCAAAUCUACUUAUUUCUAGAGUUGUGAACAGGAAGGAGACAAGACAUCUGAUUUUAGAGCACCAGAAGAAGAAGCAUAAACAGAUUAUUUGAGCAACAUCUUCAAGCUCAGCCCAGUCAGCAGAGAGGACCGGUGAGGACGGAGAGAGAGAGCCGAGGACUCUGGGUGAAGAGGUAGAGAAGGUGAACCAAAAAAUAGAGAACACACUCACAAAAUGCAGAUGCAUAACAGUAAGAUUUGGUUCGGGGUUUUUGUUGUCUUGGGAAGUUUGGAGGGUCGUGACUGUGGCCCCGUUUUAGGCUCACUGGAAGCCAAACAGUUAGGGGACAUUAUGUUUAGAGGACUCUUUCCAGUUCACCAAAGCUUCAAGAUCAUCAACACGACAAGCAGUCCUAUUCGACACGCGUGCGAAAAAUCAGUUAUGGUUUAACCACUGGGUUGUUAUGAGUGAUUAAACCCGUUUUCCGACAUUCAAGAGGAUUGUGCCAGAAGAUGACCACCAGGCUCAAGCAAUCACCAAAAUUUUGAGGUACCACAACUGGACCUGGAUUGGCAUAAUAACCACAGACGGAGAUUACGGGUGCUACGCCGCAGACCGACUUGAGGCGCAUGCCAGUUCUAAACCCUAAUGAUCCCCAUCCACUUGAUUGGCUCUAUCUCUCUCUCCUCUCCACCUGUAGCUGGUGUGCGGUGAGCGCACUGGCGCCGUUGUCCUGUGGCUGCCGUCGCAUCAUCCAAGUGGAUGCUGCACACUGGUGGUGGUUGAGGAGAGACCCCCCCCACAUGAUUGUAAAGCGCUUUGGGUGUAUAGCAAUACACAAUAAAGCGCUAUAUAAAUGCAUCAUUCAUUAAACAAAUAUUUGUGUCAUACCGCAUUGUGCUUCCUGACUUUCUCAACAAUGAAAGCUUAGAUUGCAAACUCAAUGAAGCUAUCAAACAUAUCGAGAGCACCUCAAAAGUUCAAGACAUUGUGUCAUUUUCCAAACCUCACCACAUGUCUUGUUUGUUCGAGAAACUCACUAUUUCUGGAUCAGUUGAAGUGCUAAACAACCGGCCCCUGAAUGAAGUGGAAUAAUUCUUGGAAUAACCCUUGUUUCAGGGGAAAACUCUAUUAUUUAGAUAAUCUAGUAGAUCUAAACCCUGAUUCACAUCCAAACAACACCAUGCUGCAGCUCUUCUUCAGAGGAGAGUUAAGCAAAAGCAGAACCACCAAAGAAAUAAGAGAAACCCUGAAGAAAGCUAUAUACCAUGGUUCAGUGUUUAGCAUAGGGCUGGCUGUGAGGUCCAUCGCUUAACGCUGUUAAAGACAUCUGUUCUCGAAAAACCUGCCGUGGAGGCUUUGAUAUUCAACGCUCUGGGCUAAAUGAUGCCUUGGCAAGAACCAUGUUUAAGUAUGGAUAAUGAGAUAUAUUUAUUUAGCAAGUCUGGAGAUUUGGAUAUCAACAUUUGGGAAGCGGCUCAUGGAAAUAACGCAGAAAGUAUCAAGAAUGUGACACUGACGACUGUGGCACGCUGCAUGAUCAAGAAUAACGGCUUGUUUUUCCUGAAUGACAAAUACAGAAAUCUAGUGGAAAAUAUCACUAGUCGUGUGAUUUUGUCUCCCUGGUUUUAGAUGGGUCUUUUCUGAACACCCUCCCCACACGUGUUGCUAUGUGUGUGUGAAGUGUCCAGAAAGCACUUUUUCAAACCAAAACAGAUACAGAUGAAUGUCAAGAAUGUCCAAAGAAUUUCUAGUCUAACUAGAACUCCACCGUCUGCUCUCCCCAAAAGUCACUUUUCCUGUCCUGGAAAGAUAAAUACUGUAUCAAUAUUCUGCUGAUUGCUGGUCUUGGCCUCCUUUUAACUCUGAUUGUGAUGUUCGUGUUCUUGGUCAGACGGGACACCCCGGUGGUCCUCGCUCUCCAUCCUGAUGUUGCCGUCCCUGCUUGGGACAUUGUUCUUGUUCGGUGGGAAACCCACAUGCACACAGUGUCAAACCGGACAGGUGCUUUUUGGCCUGAGCUUCACCCUGUGCAUCUCCUUCAUCCUUGUCAGGUACUUUAAGGUUCUGCUGGCCUUCCAGAAUGACUCCACUGUCAAACGGGUCAUGAGGAAACUCUUCCUGCCCUACUGGAUCAUUGGCGUUUGUGUGAUUAUCCAGGGCGUCAUCUGCGGUCUGUGGUUGUGUUUGGAACCACCCAAGGUUUUUGAGAGCUCAGCGAUCAGGACUCAUGCUGGCCUUCAUCAGCCUUCUGGCUCUGGUGUGCUUUGGAUUCACCUUCCUGGGAUGUAAACUUCCCAAGUGCUAUAAUUAAGAAUAGUGCAUCAGCAUCAGCAUGCUGAUCUAUAAUAUCAUUUGGGUGGUGUUCAGACCCAUCUAUGUACAAAUCUGCCAUAUGUACAAUCCGCAUACGGGAUUCUCAUCUGCCAUUUCAUGUCUAAAUGUUACAUAAUCCUAUUUAAAAGUGAGCACAACAUCAGAGAGGCUUUCAAAAGAGGCGUUCGGGAGUUCACCAGACGCUUCCAUAGAAGUUCAUGAGUGGAUCGGCGAAGAGCUGGACUCGACCAGCCAGACAGCGUAUUUACCAUUGACUCUGCAGUCUCACUCGAAUCCCUACCCAACAGGCACUCUUUCCUCAUUUCACCUGUCUAAAACACUUAAAAACUUUGUGCUUUGUACUACAGUAAUACACUGAAGACUCGAUAGUUGACAUUUAACCAAACAGUAAAUAUAUAAAAUUCAGUUCAAUUUAGAAUGUUUGUCUUUUUGUGCAUAUUUCGGGGCACAAUGAUUUUACUGCAGGUGCAAGACAACCUCCUUUAACAUUUUGUAAACACCACCAACAAUUCAAGCAAAGACACUUUGAUUUAGUCACAAAACGUUACUGCAUUUUAUUUUUUGCUUUCUAAAUUGUGGAUACAUGGGGCAUAUAAACGCCAGUGCGUUUUCUAUUUUCCCGGCAUACUUGCAUCCAAAUCUUUAUAUUUUGUUUAUCUUUCAUCUAUGAUUUCAAAAAAGAAUUUGACGCAUCUAAAAAUGAUUUCACAAAUAUACGGGCUGUGUUCUUUUUGAUUAUCCAGGAAGAAACCCCAUGCACUGACUCAGAAACUUAAGAUGAUUCUCUGGAACUCCUCCUGCUACAUAACAAGCGAUGACAAGCUUAUAUAAUCCAUGACUGUUGAUGUUUUGUUUAUCUUCCUCCUGUGGGUUUUUGGUGUCUGACAUGCCGGAAAUACUUACAACAGUAAGUUGAUAUGGAGAGAAAAAACAAACUUUAUUCUCUGCUUUGAUGUAUCAAACUUGGUUUUCCUGGAUGGAGUGAUUUUUGAUUUUGAUCUUGGCAUCAGUAACUGAUGUGCUCAAUAAGGGAAAUUUGAUCUUCCUGAUUGAACAUUUCAGUUUUUGCAUUCAUGUCAUUAACUAACUACAAAUAAGGAACAGUGUACUGUAUUAUAAUAUGAAUGAAUUUUGAAGGAAUAUGAAGGUGUUUUUUUAACAGGUGUUUUACCUGGAUUUUGAAUUUUGCACUGUGUUGCAUUGUGUUUCAGUUUCAUGUAACUAAAAAAUAUUUAUUUAUUCUUGCCAUUUAUUUUGUUUGGAAUUUUGUUCAGUAUAUCAGGCGAAAAUCACACUUUCUGUUUAAGCAAUCGUACAAACACACACACAGGUAAAAAAAAAAAAACAAGUUAAUGCAGAAACAUUCAUGGAAGAUGUGCGAACAGUUGUGAACACGGUGCAAAUCAAAUCUGGCCAAUGGUUACCUCUAUUACAAUUCGACCAUUUUCUGUAGAAUAAUCUCCAGUCUGAGUUGUAAUUGCAACACACACAGCACAGACAGAAGUCAGAUGAAUGCUCCACGCUCUGUUUCGCGUGUUUACAGUAGCCUAACCAAGCGCAACAUCUAAACGAGUCUGUGUGCGCUCGCCUGCUUGUGUCUUGACUGUUCAUUUGCCACUCAUGCCAGUAUCUUGACUACGCUGAUUAGAGGCAGUAUUCCUCAGCUGUCAGGCUGACUGAAAACAAUCAAAGCCUCCAUACCCCCAAUCACCGCAGCUCUCUCCCCGAGCGCCGCGCCGCAAUCAGCCGCUGAUUAGGGAACCUGUCGCCCUUCUCCAGCCGCGGCGGGGGUUAAUUCGCGCGUCAGAUGGAGCCGCGGAGGGCCACGGAGAGGCCAAUGAGAACGUGAGCGGGAUGAUAUUGCACGGAUAUAGCCGCCCUGUCAAUCACAUGGGAUUCACUGUAAAGACUCAGAGACUCUCUUCAUCUCGCUCUCCUCCCCCUCCUGGGCCGGGGUAAUCUAUUUAAGCCAAAUAUGGCCUCCACGUGGUGGGAGCGCCUCUCCGUGUCGGUGAAUAACAGGACAGCCCAUGUGGACAACAGCAGCUGUUUCAGUGCCACACAGAGCACCGUGCUGAAGGGGGUGAACUUCGGAGGAGUGCCCACUGUUUUGCUGAUCGACUUCUCACUCUUCGUGGUGCUGCUGAUAGUCUUCACUCUGAUCAGAAGGAGACUGUGGGAUCAUGGGAGACUCGCUCUUGUUGCAGAGACUGAAGGGUUCAGACAUGCUACUAAACGACGUUACAGUAGAAUGACGUCAUCCAUGUCCGUCGAGGAGCCCGAAUACGAGAAGGGUUGCUGCUCCUGGAUCAACUUUAUCGUCAAUAUGGAUGAGACUUCAGUCCAGGAGAAAUGUGGGGUGGAUGCAGUACAUUAUCUGUCGUUUCAGAAGCACCUGGUCAUCCUGCUCUUGAUCAUCUGUGUGCUGUCUGUCACCAUCAUCCUACCGGUCAAUCUAUCCGGCGACCUGCUGGGCAAUGAUCCCUACAGUUUCGGGAGAACCACCAUAGGGAAUCUUAAGCAGGGUGAUACGCUGCUUUGGCUGCAUACAGUAUUUGCAGUUCUGUAUCUCAUCAUCACGGUGGCCCUGCUGAGACGACACACCUCUAAAAUGAAGGGAACCAAGAGAGAGAUAGCCAGAAACACCCUGUUUGUGAGGUCUGUACCCACCGCAGCCAGUAACGAGAGUAUAAAAACUCACUUCAUGGAGGCGUACCCUACCUGUCAAGUGACUGAUGUUAACUUGUGUUAUGAUGUUACCAAACUGAUUGACCUGGACAGAAACAGAAAACGGGCAGAAAAAAACUUGCAACAUUACAAUAAGAUACUCCAGCGCCAGGGACGACGCGAGGUCAUCAACCCGCGCCCAUGCAGCCACCUGUGUUGCUGCUGCUGCCGCUGUAAGGGCUGUGAAGAGGUUGAUGCUAUAGAGUUCUACAGCUCACAGGAGGCUGCUCUGCGUGAGGAAGAAAAUAAACUGAAAGAGAGUGAAGAACUGCAUCCUCUGGGCAUGGCAUUUGUCUCUCUGCAAAAUGAGUACAUGGCCACUUAUAUUCUGAAAGAUUUCAAUGCUCUGGAGUGUGGAGGCGGGGCAAGGGGUGUGGCUGGAGAAGAAAUGGGCGGAGGAAUCAGGUGUGGGUGUGGCCGGGAGCCUCAGCCGUCCUCUAAGAGCGAAGAACUGAGGGUGAACAAAUGGAAAGUGAAUUACGCUCCUCACCCAUAUAAUAUCUACUGGGAGAAUUUGUCAUUACGUGGGUGGCGUUGGUGGCUACGCUUUUUGCUGCUAAAUAUAGCACUCUUUCUCCUCCUCUUCUUCCUCACAACGCCCUCCAUCAUCAUCAGCACAAUAGACAAAUUUAAUGUCACCAAGCCCAUUCACUAUCUGAACAAUGCCGUUAUCAGCCAGUUCUUCCCCACUCUUCUGCUGUGGACCUUCUCGGCCCUGUUGCCCACCAUAGUAUAUUACUCUACACUGGGAGAGGCCCACUGGACCAGGUCCAGUGAAAAUAUGAGCAUGAUGUACAAGCUCUACAUCUUCCUGAUCUUCAUGGUGUUGAUUUUGCCCUCACUGGGCCUCACCAGUCUAGAUGUGUUUUUCCGCUGGUUGUUUGAUAAGCAGUCUGAGGGGAAGCUGAGGUUUGAGUGUGUGUUUUUACCUGAUCAGGGGGCGUUCUUUGUAAAUUACGUGAUCGCGGCGGCUCUGGUGGGCUCUGGCAUGGAGCUGCUGCGGUUGCCAGGGUUGCUGCUCUACAUUGUGCGUCUGGCACUCGCACAUUCGGCUGCUGAGAGGAAAUAUGUUAAACAGAAUCAGGCGUAUGAGUUUCAGUACGGAGCGAUGUACGGAUGGACGCUGUGCGUGUUCACGGUCAUCAUGGCGUACAGCAUCACCUGUCCUGUCAUCGUUCCCUUCGGUUUGCUGUACCUGCUCCUGAAACACCUGGUGGACAAACACAACCUGUACUUCGCUUACCUGCCUGCCCGCCUCGAUAGGCAAGUUCACCUGGGAGCUGUCAAUCAAGCACUGGCUGCACCAAUCAUAUGCCUGAUGUGGCUUUAUUUCUUCUCUGUGCUCAGAACAGGCUUCAAGGCGGCUACGUCAAUGUUUACUUUAGUGGUUCUGUGUGUGACCAUCUUUAUCUGUUUAAGUUACACCUGCUUCGGACACUUCAAAUACCUCAGUCCGCACAACUACAACGUUAAGGAGGAAGAUGAAGAUGCAGAUAGAGGUUCACAGAGCUCAUCUGCAUCGGUGUAUCUUCCCAAAGUUUUGAACCCAAAUGCAUCAUCUGAAUCUGAUGAAUGCAGCAUUCACCAUUCAUACGGCACCACAGACACAAGUCCGCCCUUCCUCAGCACUGAGGAAGACUGUCCAGACUUGGAUAUCUAACAACAAUAAUCAGUCAACACUGACCAAUCACAACUGUCCUUUCACCUCUGGAGGAAAUGGUUCUUGCUGUAUUAGAGGUUGGAGGUCAGUGUGGAGAUGGAGGGGAUGUACUUUUAAAAUCAGGAUGUCUUGGAGAGAAAAAAAAAAUCAUUUUUUUUAUACACACUGAGAGACUUGAGGAACAUUUAAUCAUGAACUGCCAUAUAACAAACCUAAAGGAGCUUUUCAGGAUCAAUUCUUCUCGCCAAAGACUUUAAACGCUUUUCUAAAUUGCCAUUCAAACACGCUGUUCAAACAUUUCUACAAAACCAGCUUCGCCAAUGAGCACUUGCCAAGGAGUACAAAUAUAACUUGAGUAUAUUAAAACAUUUGAACUGACACUUGUGCCUUGUUGGAAAAAACAUAACACAUUAUAACUGUAAUUUGAGUGAGAAAGUGAGCUUCUGUAUUGUUUGUCAUUCCUAAUAUUUUGUUUUUAAAGCAACGUUUUAUACAAAUAUGUUAAUAUAUUGAUGUUGACAGAUAUAUUGAGCUCAUAGCUCAGUGGUCUUUCAUUACCAUAUUUGUGUAGUUGUGUGAGAGAAUGAAUCAUCACUAGGUGGCACUGUUGCUUUCUGAUCAGUCUGUUUCUCCCCAGAGCAGUUCUUCAGACUGAAGCAGAGAGACGUUUCAGUACAAGUUUAACAUAAUAUUUUGGCAUAAUGUCAAUUAUCAGAGAAAAUAAUUUGGAUGAAAAAUAUGCAAAGAUUAUAUUUACAGUACGGCUCUUACAAUGAAGUAAAUGGGGCAAAGCAUAAACCUUACAGAUUUACUUUUUUUUGUGUUAACAUAAGAUUAGCAUGAGAAAAUCACUUGCUGGCCAUGUCUGCAUAAAGUUCAACUUCAAUGUCAUUAUCACACCAGUAAGAAAGGGACUGUUUACAUGGAGCAAAUUCUAAUUACACUGGAAACUAUUAACUAGAAACUACUUAGAAAAGUGUUCCCACUUUAAAAAAAGGGCAAACUUCACAGAGCAAAUGAGAAACAGGCCUUUACGAAAUAAUGAAUGUAGGUGCUUUAACAAGUACAAGCAUCAUAUUUAUUCCUUUAGCUGUAAUGCAGGGGGAAGAUAUUGUGGAUAUGAAGGGAACUCUUGGCACCUGUGUGUUUGUGUUUUUGUUCUGUAUAUUCAUUAUAUGAGUGGAGCAGAAACUGAAUUUUAGUGUCUGAACAUUUAAACGGCUCAACAUCCGAACAUUGAGUCUCAUAUUCUUAAGCCUCAGAUUUUCCUGGAAAUGGAUGAAUGAAUGUCCUCCAAACACACACUUGACACAUUUCUCCUGACUGCGGUUUUCAGCUCAUUAGUCGGGAUAGAGCAAAAUCGUCUUAUUUUAACACCAUAAGCAGCCCACAAACUCGAGUGACUGGCUCCAAACGUCAGGAUCAGCAUUCAAAACUGCAUAAGAACAGAAAUUGAUCCAAUGAGAGUGUCUGUGUGUGUGUGUGUGUGUGUUUCAAACUUAAUUCAUAUAUAUGUAAAUAGGUACCAUAGGGGAACAAAAAACAUGAUAAUACUAUAGUAUUUUUUUGUACUUGUUAUUGGUGCCAGGUGGUUAAUUGGGUUCAUGUUUAGGUUGCCAAAUAUUUUACUGCACAAAACUUUUAAACUUUGUAACUUUUAAAAAUUUUAUUGCGUAUGUGUAUAUUUCAGUAGGAUGGAUCGCAUACUUUAUACACAAUACUGUGUAGAGGUCACAUGUUUGGUGUAAACCAUAUACACAGUCAUAUAAAUGAAGAUUACAUGUAUUUUUACAGCUUCAUUUCAUUCUGUGACUGUGAGAGCCAGAAAUAACAGUAUUUACGGUGUUUGACACCACGAUAAACCCUCAGAAGGCUUUACGGCCCUAAUGACACAUAUGCAACUUGAGACAAAAGAUGCAUAUGAGUCAAAUAAACCAUUUCGGUAUUUCUUUAAAUGGGCUGAAAUCAAGUCCCAGAUCAGGUUUCACUGAAUGGUGUUUGCUGGGGGCCUCAGGUUGGCAAAACUCCCAAACCAAUGAAGCAUUCUGGUUAUAAUGUGUGUCAAGUGUUGGCAGCUGUAGCGAAUCUAGAAAAACCUUAUUGUACCUCUAGAAACAGCUGUUGGAAGAUGGGAUGUAAAA